UACAGGCGCUGGCAAUCUCCCUUAUAAUCUCUGGUGAUACUGCCCAGUGAAAGUGAAUCCUUCGUUCAGCAAUGAUUCAACACUGAAAAAAUUGUAAAAAUCACCAAGAAAAUAUUCCACAAGUGGAAGUUACUGAUAAUGAAUCACCAUGAGGUUAGGAGAUCCCUAAUAACCUUGGACAUUCAGUAACUGCAUUGACACUGGUCGGAUAACCUAGUAAAAUCUCAUCUCUAUCGGAUUGAUGCAACUGAUAGCAUUGCUCUUCAUUAGUGUCAUUCAUUGAUUUCCAAGUUAGAGAGUUUUUAUUUUGGUAUAAAAAUGUCUUUGGAAAGUUUAUCGGAGAAUAGUUGUAGACUGUGUGCCGAGGAGAAGGUGGAGAUGCUUCAGAUUUUUGGUGAUGAGGGCAAACAGAGAAGAGUCGCUCAAAAAUUGAGGGUUUGUUUACCGGUAAUGGUUUACAAAACCGAUCCUCUGCCUAAAAAAAUCUGCCAAUUCUGUGCUGCCAGGCUGGAUGAUGUUUUUGAGUUCAGGGAAUACUGUCUCAAUGUAUACCGGAAAAUGCAUGUCAAGUUGUUGGCCAGAAAGCAGGUGAAUUCUGUCAAGGUAUUUUUGGAUGCCAUGACCAAUUCGCCCGAUCCUUGUCAGGCGCAAUUAUGUAUGAUAAAGUCUCGAGCACCACCUCCCCUGGUUCCUUUACCAGGAUCACUGCCAUUACCUAGUCCAGUUUCUUGUGAACCUAGAGAAACCGUAGGAAGUCUCGAGCCGUUAUCAGAAUUACCGUGCGAGGUACAGAUCAAGGAAGAAUUAUCUCCGACAAGCAAAACUCAGUCAGUCCUUAUUGAUGACGACGAUGGAAGUUCAGAUGGAAAAGUCGAACCGAAUUGUCAAGAAACCGAUGACAUUGACAGUGAUGACAUUGAGAGAAAUGGAACAGAGUCUGAUUUGAAGGGAGAGAAGAAAACAAGCAUCUUGGAACAAGUGCUCACUGGAAAUUUGACUAUUAAUGAUUGUAAAGAAAUGUCCCCAAAUAGCAAAUUGAGUUCCAAGUGGUGGUGCUCUCCUUGCAACAGUUAUUACAGAACGAAAGAGAGUUUGAUAAAGCACAUACAACUCCAUUGUCCACGUAAAUACUCCUGUGGUAAAUGUGCCCUCAUCUUUCCAACUGUCGAAGAUUUAGCAAAGCACGAAGGCGCUAAUCAUUUGAAAGUAACUCUUGACUUUGACGAAUCAGUAAAACAGUGUCAUGGUUGUGAUCGUGAAUUUGUAAGCUGGGAAAUGCUGAAGCAUCAUCGCUUGAGGGAUCAUCUUGCCAGUUCCAUUGAGCUUGGAACCGACACUUGGUGCUCCCUGUGUAAUAGAUUUUUUCCAAAUGUUGAACUAUAUCAGAGUCAUGCCCAACUCCACGAGUCUGGAGAUCUUCCAGAUCGAAUACUAGAGACUCCAGGAGGAUUGGAGACUUUGCCAAAAGCUCAAGAAGACCUAGCACGGCUGAAACGUGAGCACUUCAUCAAGAGUAUCAGAUCAUUGACGUGCCCCACCUGCGGAAAGGUCUGCACGCAACAGAGUGCUUUAUCUAACCAUAUGCGCACUCACGAACCAAAAAAACACAAGUGCGAGGAAUGUGGUCGAUCCUUCGGUCUACUGAUACGUUUGGAGACUCAUAAAUUGAGUGAACAUAAUGAGAAGACUAGAAUUUCACCAGCUUUGACUAGUGUCGAGCAAGAAGAAGCUUUGAAUGCUGAAAGAGAGGCAAGGGAGGCAAGAGAAGCUAAAUUAAGGAGUAGACCAUACAGUGAGAUUUUAGAUUCUGAUGGUGUUGGGCUGGAUGAUCAACCUCCGGCAAAAAGACAGGCAACGAAUUCCUCAAAAAACGUUGCCAGAUGUGGAAUUUGUGAGCAAUGGUUCACAGACCACACAACUAUGCUCAAUCAUUUGCAGACACACUCAGAUAAUUUAACUGCUAAGAAUUUCACAUGUGCUGUAUGUAGGAAGAGUUUCAAAGAGAAAUGGCAACUACAGAGACACGAGAUGUCUCAUAAGCGAAUGAAAAAUUCAACCCCCGAUGAAGAGCUCCAAGACAAGGUGCACAUUGUUGAUAAGACAUUUCAUUGCCAAAAAUGUAACAAGAUAUUUUUCAAAGAAUUUUCACUCGUCACUCAUCAAUGCAUGAAUCAGAAGAGAUUCAAGUGUCCAAAAUGUCUGACUUUCUUCGGGACCUGGCAGGCUAGAGCUUCACAUAUGAGAUUACAUUCAUCUUCAGCGAAGAUAUCAUUGCAAAAAGAGUUUGAAGGCGAUGGUGUUGAACCAGUGAUGGAACCCCCUCCAGAAACCUCUUCCGGUACCUCCCUUCCAUUUCUGGAGCCCAAAGUCGAGAUCAAAGAGGUUGAAAAUUCUUCAGCCCCUAUGAAAAGAACUCUAAUCAAAACAGCGAAUGGAUAUCGUUGUGGCGUAUGCCAAUCGCCAUUUGUCCUUCGUGAAUUGGCUGUGGCUCACCUGAGAUCAGCCCAUCCAAGAAUCACCCAAUACACAUUCAGUCAUCACAUCAAAACUGAUCAUCCUAAUGAGUCUGAGAAAUAACAUUAAAUUAUUGUCAUUAUAUUGGGUGAAACAUGUAAUUUUUCAUAAUUCGGAGAUGAGUGGUAAAAUUAUUGAU